AGUGUGCGUCUUUCUGGUGAUGUUGCUCAUGAAACCAUUUGUAUACAUCUGGAGAAAAACUGAAAACCUUUGUGAAUAACACGCAUGCUUCAAAGGCAACAAAAUAUCUAAUUCAUAAUAUAUGAUUCAUGCUACUUUUUAAUUGCAUUUUACUGUCUUACAGGUUAUUCUGUGAUAAACAUAAGCUUAGUGUCAAAUAACCCAGCACUGUAUGAGUUCAAGUAGAACAUAUUGAACAGUAAUGUCACCAAAACACUCAGUAUGGAAUUAGCUUCAGUGCUUUACUAAACCAAAUUACCAAAAUGAAUAUAUUUAAGAUGGCAUGUUGGGUCACAGAUGAAUAUAAAUAUCGAAUACUGAAUAGUUUUGCGCCAUGAGAUGUGCCACAGUUCAAACAUAGCGAACAUUUUUAAACCCUUCUGUACAGUUCAUUAAAAAAUAACAAAGGUAAAUGAAUAAACAGCCAAAUCUAAGGCUUUAUGUCAGGAUGACAGGAUGUAUGAAAGCACCAUGAAGUUUGAUAUCAACUGGAAAGAAAUUGCACACUUAGGUGUUACACAGGUGUUACACAGGGCUUUUCUCCCAGUAAUGAUCAAACACAUCAUUUAUGUGACAGGAAAUAAAACCCACCAAAAUAAAACAAAAAACAAGGUUAUUUAAAGUGGAUCACAUUGUAUACAUGUUUGUUUCCUUUUCAGUUAAUCAAGCAAAGCUGCAGUUUCUCUUGCUACACCCCCUGAGAUGUCUGGACACUUCAGCAUGGAGGACUGCAGUGAGGAUGGGGCAGAGGUUCUACUGGAGUUACACUUGUUAUGUGACUCUGAAACUUCCUGCACAAAGUCAGUUGGAACUGACCUCUCUAUGGAGCAUAUUGGAAAAUUACAAACAGAAGUCUGUGAACUAAGAAAAGUGAUUGCACUGUUGGAGAGAAAAUUGAACCAGCAAACAGAAAAACAAUCUAAAGAGGAGUUAAAUGUUGUCACUUCGUGUUCCAUAUGUGAAAAUGAACCAAACAUCACAGAAACACAGGACUGUUAUGACAGUUACGAGUAUGACACACUACAGGACCUGAGGGAGGAACCCAGUGUACCUGUGUUGUGUAAAACUGAACCAAACCCCACAGAGACACGAAAACAUUACUACAACACUGGGGACCAACACAUAAAGCAGGAAUUGGAGGAUGAACCCCAUCUGUCUUCAGUGUGUAAAAGUCAACCAAACCCUGCAGACAGACUGGAAUCUGACUGUAACACUGAGGACCAGCACACACUCCAGGACGUGGAGGAUGAACCCAGUCUGUCUCAAGUGUGUAAAACAAAACCCACAGAAACACUAGAACCUGACUGUAACACUAGAUACCAACACAUAAAGCAGGAGCUGCAGGAGGUACCUUGUCUGUCUCUGGUAAGGCUCUGUAAGACUGAAUCAAACUUUUUGAAGACACGGGACACUGACUGUAACACUGGGGACCAAUACAUAAAGCAGGAAUUGGAGGAUGAACCAAUUCUGUCUCCUUUUUUUGCACCUGAACAGACCUCUAUAGCCACACUGGAUUCUGUAUGUGACCGUGAGAAUCAGUCCACACUUCCGAAGUUGGAAGAGGAUGUACCCAGUCUCUCUCUACACUGUUAUAGUGACCCAAACCCAGCAGAGUCCCUGGCCUCAGACUGUGAUGGAGGAGACCAGCACACGCUGCAGACUCCAUUAAAGAUGUGUUCAGUUAGACUGGUGGACUGCAGGAAAAUGCUGGAGCUGAAUGAAAACAUCACAGCACAGGGAGACCAGAGUGGUGAUGACAUUGAUCAUGAAGAUGAUGAUUUCCAUCCCCCAAAAGAGGUUGAAGGUGAAGGACGGGAAGUGAAGAAGCUUCAUGGAGAAACUCUGAGAUGUCACCAAAACACUCAACUUGGAAAAAGCUUCAUUGAUGCCUCACACCUGAAAGAUCCCCUAAGAACUCACACUGAAGAACAGCCUUUCACCUGCUCUGAUUGUGGAAAGAGUUUUCUGAAAUUAGCCAACUUGAAGACACAUACAUUUAUUCAUACCAGGAAAAAGCUAUUUUUGUGCUCUGAGUGUGGAAAACGUUUUUUAAAACCAUGCCACCUUAAAAGUCACAUGAGGAUUCACACUGGGGAAAAGCCUUUUAUCUGCCCUCAGUGUGGAAAGAGAUUUUCACAAGUGUGCAACCUUAGACGCCAUAUGAGGAGUCACACCGGGGAAAAGCCUUUUACUUGCCCUCAGUGUGGAAGGGGAUUUUCACAUGUAAGCAGUGUUAUAACCCACACAAGGAUUCACACUGGGGAAAAGCCAUUUAUCUGCACUGAGUGUGGAAAGAGGUUUUCAAGAGGAAACAACCUUAGAACACACAUAAGAAUUCACACUGGUAUAAAACCAUUUGCAUGUCCUGAGUGUGGAAAGGGUUUAAGUUCUUCUCAAAGUCUUGUAAAACACAUGCGCAAACAUGCAGGAGAAAAAACCUAGUCAGUUCACUCAACCUCUAUCAUAGCUGAGCCCAGAAGUACUGGUGAAUGUAAUAAUGAAGAUUGCAACAUGCAUUGGGCCUGAAAGCCCAUGAGAGGGCAGUAGAGACAAAUGUGACAAGAAGUGCAGCAAUUUGGACACAAGACAAUUAAGAGGAGGGGCUGUACUGGUGAAAAGCAACAACCCACUUACAGGUUAGGAGUGGGUGGGGCCUUCUUCAGUCACCAAACUCUGUUGAAAACAGAAGGCACAUAAAACACAUUUUACUUAGCAACUGUUAUGUAUAUUACCAAAAUACAGGAGUUGUCUGCCUGCUCUGUUGUAUCCAUCCCCACCAGCAUUGUCACUAGCCCCCAACUCUGUUCUUUCGCUGAGUGCUGUCGUCUGCCGAUCAUUCCCUGCUCCUGGUCAGGACUCUUAAAUACCCCUCAUUCCAUGUCUGUUUGUGGAACUUUGCAUGGUUGACGUGCAGUCUUUCUGGUCCCUUGCUAUUGGUGUUUUUUUUAAUUUUGUUUCUUUGUCCGCCCCGGUCCCUCUACCUGUGGCAUCAGAGUUUCCAUGAUGCCCACUUUGUGGCUUGGACUUAGUACCUGUCUUGUGUUCUGUGCUCACCACCCUUAGUUAUCCUCACCUGCAUCUGAUUAUCCCUCAUUAUCUUGAGUAUUUUAACCCUGUUCUAAGUUAUUCUCACCUGAGACUAAUUAUCUCUCAUUAGCCUGAGUUUUUAAUGCCGCCCCAGUUAUCCUUUUAAGCCCGCCUUUAGCUCAAUAAAUAUAAGGUUAUUAAUCAGAUGUGGAAUUAGUUACAUUCCGUAAAUUAAAAAUUAAUCAGCAUUUUUUUUCAUAUAAAUUUCAGGAGUGAGUUGGUGAGGCAAUCGUACUGACAGACAGAUUGAGUGAGUGUGUGUGUGUGCGUGCAUGUGCUGAGGGACAGUAUUGUAUUAAUUUAUUAUUUUAUUUAUAUAUCUGUCAUAUCCAUAUGUUUGUAAAAUAACAUGUAUAAUGCAUCCCUCACCAAAUCAAUUUCCCAAAAGUACUGAACCAUAGCUCUAUAGUGGUUUUUGUUUUAAAAAAUGUUGGCUCGGUAUUGAUAUCAGAUGACAUUGAAAUGUAAGAUAUCGGUAUCAGAUCUGUACAGAAAAACUGGUAUUGUGCUAUCUCUAGGAGGAAGUAGGCUUUUACAUAGCGUUUAGAUAGGUCAGGGAAACUGUAGGUUUAGUCUGUCAUUAAUUUUAAAGCCAUGAAUCUGUUUAAUUAAGGUGUCUUUCUGUUAUAUUAUACUUUUAUGUUCUGUUUGUAUUUUAGAGGAUAAAAUCCUGUAUUCCCUGACACCUGUAUCCAAUGUAAUUCAUAACAGACACAAAACCUUUUAACAUAUUAGAUCAUUUUUUACAGCACAAUAAAAAUAAUUUUCAUAAUUCUUCAUUAUAUUGAUCAGUGCUGUGCAGUUACAUGCUCAAGGACCAUUAACACAACAUACCAACAUUAAUACAUUAUUAGUAUAUAAACUGUUACUUGGAGGUGAUUUAAGUUUUCCAGUAAAGAGAGUCAGGUGUCUUAGUUCUAUAAAUAAAACAGAAAAACAGUUAUCAGACAGCAUAAUGUUCUCCUGUAACAAAGUCUGUUAUAUCAUUUUCCAUCUCAUUAUAGCACCAAGAAUUACACAUCUUUUCCAAAUAUGACCAUGAAAAUUAGCAAAGAUGCUCUAACAAUGGACCUAGAGUUGAACCAUUCCAGUGUAUGUUUAGUGGUAACUGAGUUGAAGCUGUUUUGUAUGGCGGAAUGGGCUAAAAUUCCUCCAAGCCGAUGUGCAGGACUAAACAAUUAUGAGAAACAAUUAUGAGAAACAUUGCUGCACAAGGGUGUCACACCAGAUACUGAAAGCCAAGGUUCACAUACGCUUGAUACAUAUACGUAAUAUUGGAUUGUUUUCCUCAAUAAAUAAAUGACAGAAGCUAAUAUUUUUGUGUCAUUUGUUUGAUUUGGUUCUCAUUAUGAAUGUUUAGGUCUUGUGUGAUGACCUAUUGAAGUUUUAGAUUGAAUUUAUGCAGAAAUACAGAAACUUCUAAAGGGUCCACAAACUUUC